AUGCCAUGUGAAGGCUGCAUGGAGAGGGACAAUGAGAGCACUGAUGCAACCGUGGAGUUCCUCCUGCUUGGCUUCUCUGAGCUGCUCUGUCUGCGGGUUUUCCUCUUCCUUAUCUUUCUAAUUGUCCAUCUGGUCACACUGGCAGGGAAUGUGAUGAUCUUCGUCGCGGUGGUUAUGGAGCCUUCCCGCCCUCCCAUGCUUCUCUUCCUCUGUCAGCUCUCUGUCAUUGAACUCUGCUAUACCUUAGUCAUUGUCCCUAAGGCACUCCUUAGCCUGAUAGUUGUGGAUGGCAGCACCAUUUCUUUCAUUGGCUGUGCUGCACAGAUGCACUUUUUUGUGGCACUUGGUGGGGCUGAAUGCUUCCUCCUGGUAGCCAUGUCGUAUGACCGCUAUGUUGCCAUCUGCCAGCCACUUCACUACAUAGCAGUGAUGAAUGAGGGGCUCUGCUUCAGGCUGGCCGUGGCAUGUUGCCUGGGAAGCUUUGCUGUUGCCCUGGGGUUGACAGUGGCUGUUUUCCGCUUACCUUUCUGUCAGUCGCAUCGAAUCAACCACUUCUUCUGUGAUGUCCCUGCUGUGCUGCACCUGGCCUGCACUCAGAGUUACACCCCUGAGCUGCCCCUGCUAGCUGCCUGUGUGCUCCUCCUGCUGCUUCCCUUUCUCCUAAUCCUGACUUCUUAUGUUUGUAUUGCUGCUGCUUUGCUACAUGUCACCUCCUCCCUGGGAAGGAGUAAGGCCUUUUCCACCUGCUUUUCUCACUUGGCCAUCACCUUGCUGCACUAUGGUUGUGCCACCUUCAUGUACAUUCGUCCUAAGUCCAGUUACUCACCAGCUCAAGACAAGAUGGUUUCUCUGGUCUACACCAACAUUACUCCACUGCUAUAUCCCCUUAUUUAUAGCCUGAGGAACAAAGAAAUCAGAGGGGCUCUGAGGAAAAUGUUGAGGAGGAAGAGAGUAGCUCAGCUGAACUCGGAUACUAUCAGGGCUGUGACAGGUGUGUGGUAA